UAACUAAUCUCUGUGGCUGUGUAGAUGUCAUUUUAGACAUAUUUUUAUGUUAGCCGUUUUUGAGGUUAUAAUGGGUAGUUAGAUCAAGGGUAGGUGUUGUAAACAUGGAAAGUAGUGAAGAAACUUCUAAAGAAAAAGUGAAUAAAUAUAAAGUCAUUAUAAUCGGAGCAGGCAUUGCUGGUCUAUCAGCAGCCUAUCACUUAACCAAAAAUGGUAUCAGUGAUUUUAUAUUACUUGAGGCAAGAAAUAGAAUAGGAGGUAGAAUCAUUCAAAUACGAAUGGGAAAUGAAAAAGUCGAACUGGGGGCCAACUGGAUACAUGGGGUUUUAGGUAAUCCAAUAUACGAACUGGCUAUGCAUUAUGGACUUAUUGACAUCAUGCAAAUUCCAAAACCUCACAAAUUAGUAGCUUCAACAGAAAAAGGCAAGCAAGUACCAUUUCAAGUUUUACGUGAAGUUUAUGAAGCUUACCUGUGUUUCCUCAAAAGAUGUGAAGAAUAUUUUUUAUCAGAAUACCUUCCUCCUGAUGGAAUUGAUAGUGUUGGGCAACAUAUUAGAUUAGAGGUCAGUAUUUAUCUGGAUAAAAUUAAGGAUAAAGAUGAAAGACAUUUAAGAGAAUUGAUUUUUGAGUGUUUACUCAAAAGAGAAACUUGCAUUUCUGGUUGUGAUAAUAUGAACGAAAUAGAUUUGUUAGAAUUAGGAACUUAUGAAGAAUUGCAAGGAGGUAAUAUUGUUUUACCAGAAGGUUAUAGUUCAAUAUUGAAACCUUUUUCUGAAGAUAUCCCUUCGGAUAACAUACUCUUGAACCACCCCGUUAAUUUGAUAAAAUGGAAUUCUAGCAGUAAUGGAAAUGAAUCUGAUGAUUCUGAUAAAACUGUUAUAGAUGACUCAGAAAUUAUCAAUAAUACUGAAAAAUCUAAUGAACAUAUGACAAAUGUAGAAGUGACCACUAGCAACAAUAAAAAAUUUUUUGCUGAUCAUGUUAUAUGUACCAUACCUUUAGGAGUGCUAAAACACAAAGCCAGAACUUUAUUCAACCCACAGUUACCAGAAUUUAAAUUAGAAGCUGUUGACAGAUUAUUAUUUGGAGUAGUUGAUAAAAUUUUAUUAGAAUAUGAUAGGCCAUUUUUAAAUCCUAAUGUCACAGAAGUUUUAUUAUUAUGGGAACCAGAUGACCAGACAAAUUGUAUGAAAGAGGAUAUAAGCAAAACUUGGUACAAAAAAAUUUAUUCGUUUUCUAAGAUCUCUGAGACUUUGUUAUUAGGGUGGGUUUCAGGAAAGGAAGCUGAGUAUAUGGAAACAUUAUCAAAUGAUAUUAUCAUCAAUGUUUGUACUGAUAUACUUAGAAAGUUUUUGAAUGAUCCUUUCAUUCCAAAACCAAAAAAUUGUGUUUGCACAAGCUGGUCUAGUCAACAAUACACAAGAGGAUCUUACACUGCUAUUGCUGUUGGUGCAUCUCAGGUAGAUAUAGACUUAUUAGCGCAACCUCUAUAUGCUGAUGAAACCGAAACCAAGCCAGUUGUUUUGUUUGCUGGAGAGCAUACACAUACCAAUUUUUAUUCAACGGUUCAUGGAGCUUAUCUAACAGGACGGACAGCGGCCCAAACUAUCCUCUCCUCGAACAUUCCUCGUGAAUUAACUUUAGAUUGUGAUGAAGAAACUACCGACUUGAGUUCCUGGAUUCAAGGAAUUUGUUUAGAAUAGCAGCUACCUUGCUUGUAAUAUUUUGAAGUAUUAUCUUUAUUGAUUUUCUAGUCAGACAGUAAAGAAAUUUUAUGAAUUUUAUUAUUGUAAAUAAAUGAGAUUUUUUUGAAAUUUCAACUA